AGAGAAUCACGCCAGAAUCGACAUCAAUGAUUCCUUAAAAUACAAUGAAGUUCUAAAAAGUAUAUUAAUUACAAGGCUUAUAUCAUCGAUCAAUCUGCUUGAAAUCACAUAAUCAAAAACCGUGGAAAACGACACAUCUACAACUAUAUAAGGUAACCUCAAACCAAUGUGAGUCGUCAACUUCCGACAUUUGACAAUUAAGUGCCAACCAAAAAGUCAAAACAUUCUUCUUCUUCUUUUUUUUAAUGGGAUUUACCCACAAUUCCGCCAAGUCAAAACAUUGACUGAUCGAUUGACAAUUAGCACAGUGUUGCCGGCUACAAAGUGUUACCAGCGUAAAAAAAAAAAGAGGGCCAAAUUGGUAAAUUUCGGAAAAAGAUGGAACCUCAAUUCCAAAUAUUAUCAUAUAAAAUAAUGAGAUGAAAGUAGACUUCAAGAAAGAAAACGAAGAACUUGCAAAAAGAUUUUCCCUGGAAGUUUCAAGUGCUAUAAACGAUAGUUUGAAACCUCUGGCGGAAGAAAAUAAACAACUUAAACUCGAAAUAGAAACUUUGCAGAGUAAAGUGUACAAUCUCCAAAAAGAAAUACGCAAAAACAAUCUAAUACUACAUGGUGUUACUGAAACACAAACAAACAGUGCUGAACUGAGGGUGAAAGUCAGUCAAACCCUUAACAAGACAUGCAACAAUACAGAAGUGCGGGAAUGGGAUGAAUGGGAGGUUAGUGACGUAAAGAAAUUGGGAAACAGCAGUCCUGACAAAACUAGACCAAUUAUGGUGACACUCACUCUUACAUGGAGAAAAAUUGAACUGCUAAAAAACAACAAAAACUUCCCUUCUGGAAUCUAUGUCACUCCAGAUUACCCAAAAGAAAUUCUGUUAAAAAGGAAAGAACUGAUGAAGGAAAAAGAAGAAAAAGAGAAGAAAGGAAAUAUUGCUUAUAUAAGAUAUGACAAACUUAUCGUGAGAAGCAAAGAAGACAGAGAAAACAACAGGAAGAGGUUGCCUUCUAAGUCACCAUCAGAGAAAAACAAAACAAAAAGAUAAGUAUGGUUCACAAAAUAUUUCGCUCCAGAGCCAACUCAGCAUCCAAGGCACAAGAAAAUACAGCCGGCCAACCGGAACCGAGAACUAUGCAACAACCACAAUAGAAACAAAACAAUACCUAUUCCCAAGCCGACUGGUCAUCGUGGGGAGAGCGAAGACCACCACCCUCCAACUCAACUAUUAAAAAUAGAUAAUAACUCAACACGGAAUAGCAACAUACUAAAAAUCGGCACUUAUAACGUACGGACUCUGUCGUCAAAUGAAAAAAUAAUAGAACUCAACCUUGCCUUAGAAAAAAUAGAAUACGACAUCCUUGGUAUAGCGGAAGUAAGGAGAAUGGGGUAUGAGAUUGAAGAACACCAAAACUUUAUAUUUUGUUACAUUGGUACCACAAAAGGCCUCUAUGGAGUAGGGUUUAUCAUAAAAAAAUACCUUAAAAACAACAUUGUCAAAUUCAUUGGGAUAUCAGAAAGAGUAGCGCUUCUACAACUACAGUUUGAAAGAACACAUAUCUAUCUCUCUGAUCCAAGUAUAUGCACCAACCGAGAAAUGUACAGAAGAAGAAAUCAAUGACUACUAUGAAGACUUAAGAAAAGCUCAGGAAUUAGCAGGGAGCACGAAAGUAAUCAUAGGAGACUUUAAUGCAAAAAUUGGCCAGCCUAAAAAGCAUGAAACCAUAGUCAUGGGAAAAUAUGGCUUUGAUGAAAGAAAUGGAAGAGGGGAGACUCUAAUAGAAUAUGCUCUAGAACAUGGAAUGAUGAUAAUGAAUACCUGUUUAAAAAAGAGAAAGAGCCGUAGGUGGACCUGGACAUCACCAGACCAAAAAACAAAGAACGAAAUUGACUUUAUAAUUACAAACAAACCUAAACUGAUUUCAAAUGUAGAAGUUAUCAACCAACUUAACUUCCCAUCAGAUCACCGACUGGUAAGAGCUAGUCUAAGUUUGAAGUCAAUCAAAUUAUGCAGGAAAAACUACAACAAUGGACCAAGAUCGAUAGAAACGGAAAAAAACAUAAAAACAUAACAAGAAAACCUACAAAUAAACAUUGAAGAGAAUAACAACAUAGAAGACAAAACAAAAGUACAAGUUUACUAUGACACUUUAGAAGACAUCAUCCAAGAAAGUCUGAAAAUGGAAAGCGAAUCUCAUAGCAAAAAUAAAGAGAUCUUAACCAAUGAAACUAAGGACUUAAUGAAGAGACGCUCCGAACUACUAGCAAUGAAAAACAAAAACAAAAAAGAUAAAAAAGAACUAGGAAACCUAUUCAAAAAAACUAACAAGGCGAUAAAAAAAGACUAUAAUAACCACAAACAGAAAACCAUAGAAAAAAACCUUAGAACAUAUAGAAGUACGAAGCGCUCGGUUAAAGAACUAACACAACAUAAUACAUGGAUAAAAAAUCUGAACGACAACCAAAAAGAAACAAAAAUCCGAAAAGAUGUGCUUAAAUGCGCAACAGCUUUCUACUCAAAACUUUAUAAAGGACCAAUAGAGGACAUAGACAGCGAAGAUGAAAAAGAAAAUGAAGGAAUUAUUACUAACCUAACCAUAGACCCAAUUAACGAUAAGGAAACACUACAACAUAUAAAAAAGCUAAAAAAUGAUAAAAGUCCAGGGCCGGACAACAUCAAAAAUGAAGCUUUGAAAUAUGGAGCCCCACUAUUGCUUACAUUCAUCACAACUUUGUUCAACUUAAACCUUGUUACGAAAACCAUUCCUCAACAGUGGUAUAAAUCAGAUAUUAUCCUACUUUAUAAAAAGGGUGAUCCAUUUAAUAUCUCAAACUAUAGACCCAUCAGUCUACUUUCAAGCUUGUACAAACUUUUUACAUCAAUAAUACUUGGUCGGAUAUCACCACAAAUAGAUAAUUUACAACCAGUCGAACAAGCGGGGUUUAGAUCAGGAUUCUCCACUAUCGACCAUAUCCAAACCAUAGAACAAAUAAUAGAAAAACACAUGGAGUUUAAGAGGCCAAUCUAUAUUGCUUUUAUUGAUUUCGAAAAAGCAUUUGAUAGUAUAACGCACAAAUCAAUAUGGAAGGCAUUAGAAGAAUGUAAAAUCAGUCAGAAAUAUAUAAAUAUAAUUAAGAACAUUUACUCCAACUGUACAAGCAGAGUUAAACUGGAAAGGAAAGGCGAGGAAUUCCCAAUCGGUAGAGGUGUCAGGCAAGGGGAUCCUCUGGCACCCAAGUUGUUUAUAG